AUGAAGACUACGAUUCUACUGUGGUGUCUUCUAGGAUCAACUCAGUCAUUACCAAAGCAGGUUAGCCCUGCUUCGGGACUUCCUCCAACAAAACCGACUCCAGAUCAGGCGAGACUACGAACCCAACAGCAGCCAAAUCAGAUUUUUCCUUCCAUAAAUCUAAUACCACUGACACAGCUGCUCACUCUGGGGUCAGACCUGCAACUGUUCCACCCUGCUGCCGUGGCGCAUGGUGCACAGACUCUCCCUUUCACACUGGGGCCGCUGAAUGGACAGCAACAACUGCAACCCCAGGUGUUACCCAUUAUUGUGGCACAACUUGGAGCCCAGGGUACUCUCCUAAGCUCAGAGGAAUUGCCAUUGGCCUCGCAAAUCAUCACAGGCCUCCUUAUCCACCCCUUGUUCCCUGGAGGCAUUCCACCCUCCAGUCAGGCAGGGGUUAAGCCGGAUGUGCAGACCGGAGUCCUUCCUGCAGGGCAGGCAGGAGCAACCCCAGCCAACCAGGGGACCACCCCAGGCCAUGUCACAACUCCUGGUGUCACAGAUGAUGAUGAUUAUGAAAUGAGCACCCCUGCGGGCAUGCGAAGGGCCACACACACCACAGACGGAACCACUGUAGACCCACCGAAUAGUAAGUUGUCCCGGCUUCAGCAUUCCCUUUUUAAGGAAAAGGAGCCCAGCAACAAAUCCCAGUACUGA